GGCUGCCCCCUUACCGGCCCCGGUGACACGCUUCAGCUGCUCCGGUUCUGCAUCAACCAUGGAUCAGCGGGACGAGCUCUCGGGGUUCCGAACCGCCUUCAAGUCCUUCGCCACGGAGGCCAUUCACGUCGGGCAGGAACCGGAACAGUGGAAGUCCAUGGCCGUGGUUCCUCCGAUCUCCCUGUCCACCACCUUCAAGCAGCACGGACCGGGAAACCACGCCGGCUUUGAAUAUAGUCGCAGUGGAAACCCGACCAGGAACUGUCUGGAGAAGGCCGUGGCGGCGCUGGAUGGAGCUAAGUACUGUCUUGCUCUGGCCUCAGGAUUAGCAGCCACGGUAACCAUCACCCACAUGCUGAAGGCAGGUGAUGGAAUCGUCUGCAUGGAUGACGUCUAUGGAGGAACGAACCGUUACUUCCAGAGAAUCGCCGCCACCAUCGGUCUGGACAUCUCAUUGGCUGAUUGCACAAAACCAGAGAAGCUGAAGGCGGCUCUGAAGCCCAACACCAAACUGGUCUGGAUCGAGACGCCCACCAACCCGACCAUGAAGGUGGUGGACAUCAAGGCCUGCUCCGAUCUGGUGCAUGAACAUGACAAGGACAUCGUGGUGGUGGUGGACAACACCUUCAUGUCGGCAUACUUCCAGCGCCCCCUGGCUUUAGGAGCUGAUAUCUGCAUGUAUUCAGCCACCAAAUACAUGAACGGACACAGCGACGUGGUGAUGGGUCUGGUCUCCAUGAACAGAGAAGAUCUGCAUGAACGACUCAAGUUUCUGCAAAACGCUCUCGGAGGCGUUCCGUCGCCCUUCGACUGCUUCCUGGUGAACCGAGGCCUGAAGACACUUCACCUCCGGAUGGAGCGCCACUUCAAGAACGCCAUGGCUGCUGCCAAGUUCCUGGAGGCCGACCCCCGGGUGGAGCGAGUCAUCUUCCCAGGUCUGCCGUCUCACCCUCAGCAUGAUGUGAUGAAGAAGCAGUGCACCGGCUGUCCAGGGAUGAUCACCUUCUACAUUAAAGGGAAGCUGGAACACGCUAGCGCCUUCCUCAGCAACCUCAAAAUGUUUGCGAUCGCUGAGAGUCUCGGUGGAUACGAGAGUUUAGCAGAACAUCCGGCCAUUAUGACUCAUGCAUCGGUGCCAGAGAACGAGAGGAAAGUUCUGGGCAUCAGCGACACUCUGAUCCGCCUCUCCAUAGGUCUGGAGGACGAAGCCGACAUCAUCGAAGAUCUGGACCAGGCGCUCUCUGCUGCUCAUCCGAAGAAGAACUGAACGUCUCCGGUCUUCAUCUGGUCUCCGGGGAGGAACCGAAGCUAUGACGGAUUCAUCAGGGAAAAUAAUUCAAGUGAUUUUAGAGCCUUCAGUAGAACAACUUCUUAUUUAUCUGCUUUUUUUUUAUGUUUUCUAUGUUUUUUUUGUCUGAGGAUUAAAAUUAAACUUGACAUUUCUGCAGGAAAAAAAAAA